UUUCCCUUCUCUCUCUCUCUCAGACACACACACACACAAAAUUUCUCUGCCUCUUUCUGGCAUAUGCAACAACAACAACACUACUAUGAACAACAUCUCUAUGGGAUUUUCAUGUGGGGAUGAUUUUGAAGUAGAGGAAAGUGAAGUUGCUCUUUUAGAUGAAACGAGGGAGAAGCAGCAACACAGCAGCUGGGGGUGUGGUAUGGAAGCUCCUCAUAAUCAUGUGCAGCUUGAAGUCGACUUCCAGUUCUGGCCAGUAGAACAUCCUUUGGAGCCACCCGAUGAAGAUCGCCCUGUCAAAUGCCCCAUGCCCGACUCUUCUGUUAUCAAUAUUGAUAUUGUCUCAUGUAAAAUGCAUUUACAGGAUGGAGGAAGGCAGGAGAAAAGGUCGUCAGAGAGCAGCGCCAUGCGUAAGAGAACAGAAGUAUCAUCUGCUGCUGCAGCAACUUAUAGCAAACCAAGAAUGGAUCAGAUGGUGGUGGCAGUGGCAGAGCCGCCUCCAGCUGUUCGAGCAGUGCGUAAGAGGCAUCACAACACUCUCACCCGCGGCGACCAUAUAAUAUCACCGCUAAGGCGAAUGCCACCCAUUCCUUCUCUCCCAACCCAGAGCAUUACCAUCUUUCAAAUGCUUCAGCAGUUAGACAAGUUCGAGUCUUGAUUGACAACCUAUUAUUGAUUAUUGAUUACUGGGUGAUGAGAAAAUGGUCCUGAAUCUUGAUCACAUAUAUUGUAGCUGAUAUAGAAAGCUGAAAUGUAGCAUGGACCUUUUCUACUUUCAUUGGCGUAUGUUCAGAUUC